CAAAGCAUACAAGUCCUCUCUGGUUUUACUACAAAAAGCCACUGACCAUUUAACAUUCUCACUAAGAAAGAGGAAGAGAUCGAGAGAGAGAGUGAAAGAGAUGGAUGCAAUUUUCACAUGCGUUUUCAUCUUCCUCCUGACCCUUCUCUCAUUUUUAAUUUUCACGAAAAGGGACAAGAGAGAGGAGCCCCAGAAAAAGGCUAAGCUCCCUCCAGGGUCAUUGGGUUGGCCUUAUAUAGGAGAAACUCUUCAGCUCUAUUCUCAGGACCCAAACACUUUCUUUUCGACCAAACAAAAAAGGUACGGGGAAAUUUUCAAGACGCAUAUCCUCGGGUGUCCAUGUGUCAUGCUGGCGAGCCCCGAGGCCGCCAAGUUCGUUUUGGUGACUGAGGCUCACUUGUUCAAACCCACAUACCCCAAAAGCAAAGAACGUUUGAUUGGUCCUUCAGCACUGUUUUUUCACCAAGGAGACUACCAUAUUAGGCUGAGGAAACUAGUCCAAGGAUCUCUCUCCCUUGACAUUAUUCGAAACUUGGUGCCUCAUAUUGAGGCCAUAGCUGUGUCUGGCUCAGACUCCUGGGGCGCUGGCCAAGUCAUCAACACCUUCCAUGAAAUGAAGAAGUAUUCUUUCCAAGUGGGUAUACUUGCAACUUUUGGCCAUUUGGAGGCACAUUACAAACAAGAACUCAACAACAACUACACCAUCGUGGACAAAGGCUACAAUUCCUUUCCCACAAACAUUCCGGGAACAUUAUACAAAAAGGCUUUAUUGGCAAGGAAGAGGCUAAGAGAGAUUCUUGGCGACAUUAUCAGUGAGAGGAAGGAGAAGAGGCUACUUGAAAAAGAUCUAUUGGGUUGCUUGUUAAACUCUAAAGAUAAAAAAGGUGAAGUCUUAACUGAUGACCAAAUUGCAGACAAUAUUUUGGGUGUGCUUUUUGCUGCUCAAGACACCACAGCUAGCGUUAUGACAUGGAUUCUCAAGUACCUCCACGAUGAGCCCAAACUUCUAGAGGCUGUAAAGGCCGAGCAUGAUGCAAUUCGUGAAUCAAAUGAAGAAGGCAACCAACCGUUGAGCUGGGCACAGAGUAGAAACAUGCCAAUAAGUUCCAAGGUUGUGUUGGAGAGUUUGAGAAUGGCGAGCAUUAUAUCUUUUGCCUUUAGAGAGGCAGUGGUUGAUGUGGAAUAUAAAGGGUACUUGAUUCCAAAAGGUUGGAAGGUGAUGCCUUUGUUCAGGAACAUUCAUCACAAUCCUGAUUUUUUUGCCGACCCUCACAAAUUCGAUCCUUCUAGAUUGGAGGUUGCACCAAAGCCGAAUACAUUUAUGCCAUUUGGCAGUGGAGUGCAUGCCUGUCCAGGAAAUGAGCUUGCCAAGCUAGAAUUACUGAUUAUGAUGCACCAUUUGGUUACCAAGUUCAGAUGGGAAGUAGUGGGAUCCCAAAAUGAGAUUCAAUAUAGCCCAUUCCCAGUGCCUAUCCAUGGACUCCCAGCCAAAUUUUGGAAAAAAUCUACCUGCUAGCUGAGCUGUCACUCUCCCCAAAAUUAACUUUUUCUCAUAGUCUAUGUUUUGGGCUGAGGCACUUUUUUUUUUUCUUUUUCUUUUUCCUUUUGGUUUUCCUCACUCUAAUAUUGUUAUAAAUUUUUGUCAUUCAACAAAUGUACUCUAUGGUUGCGUUUGUUACACCGGAUUUGCAAGCAUUCCAGGAUAGGACUAAUUUAGCCCAGUUCCGGUUGUAUCACACGAUUCUAUUUAAGAACCUGAUCAUGGAGGACUGAAUUAGAGCCCUUUUAAAUUUCGUUA